CAUGGUCGAAUGCAGAAAAACAACAGACAUCUUCCGCGUUUGUUUUUCUCCGCCAGUGCUGUUGGACGAGCUCUUUUUCUACAGAGAUUUUUACUUAUUUUCCGUGUCUGCUUCCACUUCAAAGCUUGCAGUUCCGAACCGGUGUAAGCAUCACUUACCGUCGAUGCAGCAGUGAGCGCAUCAAACGAUGUGGAAAUAUGUUUCCCGUCGUAUACGCGAUGUGUACGACAAGACAGCCCAUGUACUAGAAGUACCGCGCACCUGGAACUGUGGUGAAAGGUUCUGCGGAGAAACUCCACCGGACGAUGGAAGCCGGGGCCGUGUGCAGCAUGAAGCUAAUGGCAGUAAACGAUACUGCCUGCUACAUGUUGCCCGUCCGAAUCAGCUUGGUAAACGCACGCAACAGGAGUACGGUACCGGUUCGAACCAGUCGGAUCGUGAUGGAGCCAAGCGGAAGGAGUACAACCAUACACCGAUCGAACACUCGUGGCUGGGUGCGAUAACAUGGACCAGUGCCAUUAUCUGCGGCUGGUACACCACCCAACUGCUCUGUCUGCACCGUCGCACUCGGCGGUUCGACCAUCCAUCCUUUGGCCGUGGCGUUACUUCCCAGCUGCUGUUUACCGCCUCGGAACAUCGUAGACUUUCGGCUCGUCACUGUGAGGCGUUGGCGCAGUACUUUGGGUUGCGAUCCGGUACUUCGUUUGUCGCUCCAUAUGCGAAACCGUUCAUUUCCGAUGCAGCUUGGUCGUUUGGAAAGGAUCCGCCAAAGAACACCCUCGGACAGUCGGUUGCCGCUUUUAUCCCAUACGAUGGGCAAGAUUUCUUGGAUUACACCGACAAGAACCGUGGCGAGUUGCAGCGCUUCGUUUUUAAUGUUAACAACGAAACGAAACCGACUGUACAUGCCGCACCGAAGGAUGAAUUCGCUUCGCAGAUCGGUAUCACUCCCGUGGCGGAAGUACCAGUGAAGGACGAGGGACCGGCUGAAACUAUCGAUGGAGCGUUUAAAAACUUGCUCUCCGUGCUGGGUGAGAUCGAGUAUCAGCUAGGGUGCCGCAAUCUGGAGCUGGGCGAAUUUGAAUCGGCCGUUUCGCACCUGAAGCUCGGAGCCAGCCAUCAUCAUGCAGGUGCUGCGUUUAAUCUUGGCAUUUGCUUCGAGCAAGGUUACGGUAUGCCCAAGGACAUGGCUAUGGCCUUGGAAUGCUAUCAACAAGCGGCCGAACAGGGACACCCGCAAGCGAUUUACAACGUUGGAGUGUUUCAUGCCCGUGGGUACGCCGGCUUGCGUCCGAGUCGUUCGAUGGCAAAGAAGUACUUCCUUGCGGCUGCUGAACUUGGAUUGCAAGAAGCGAUCGUUGCCCUCGGACCGAAGUACCAACGCAGCCGGAAGGAAUCGCUGGUUGUGAAUAAUUCGAUGGAUAAUGGUGGCAGCGUGCAGGCACCGUCCCAAUUUACGCUGGAGAACGUUGAUCAGUUCUUCGCGGAUAAAAACUACACCGAGCGAGCACCUGUGCAGCUGCAACUUGUAUCUGCGGCUAGUGGAUAGAUCGGUAGUCGCCCUAUAUGCAGUGGCCACGUACAAAGUUUCCUAGAUGAUGGUGGUUUGAUUAGCUGUUUCCUGUAAUGGCCAACCUAUUUAUUCACUGUUUCGUUUCGUUACUAGACAGAAUUGGUGCAACGUUUGGACGACAAGACAAGCGAUUCUGAAUCACCUUUGCUUUGUUUGCCGUCGAAACGAGUUGAAAUUGGUUACAAUUCUGGCACGUUCGAAUCCAAAUGUAGAACAAAACAGGUUGGUGCAUGGUGCUUUGUUUGUGGUGUUUGGGUUUCUGUUUUUCUUUUUCUCUGGGUUUAAUGUUGGAUCAGAGAUCAUUCAUGAAAAAAAAAUAAUAAAAAAAGAAGUAAAAUAUGUUAAAGCGAUAACAAAACUGUAUGUUUCGCAUGUUUGCCAUCGACUUUCGUGUAUGUGUGAUUUUUGUAAAAUUACAACAAAACGUUUGAACCAAUAAAAAUGUGUUCCCUUCGUCGAAUAAACACCAAA